GCAAAAGUUGUCUUGAGCUUAUCCAGCAAUGUUCUGCCUCCCUUAUUGAACACAUCUGCACUGCUCUGUGUCUGAAGUGAGCACAUCCAUCAAAGGAUCUCGCCUCAUAUCUAUUAUUAAAUGAUAGCUGUGCUCCAUCCACUGUGAAGCACAAUGAGUCUGGCUCUUCAUGAUCUCCUGCUCUGCUGCAAGGGGCUGGAUAAUGACAAGGCCACAGAGAGGAAGAAAGAAACUGAACGCUUAAGAAGACUCCUUCGAAGACCAGAUGUUGUACAGGAGUUGGAUCGUUCCUCCGGACCUCAAGCUAAAGGCUCAAAGCAAAUCACAUGGGAUACUGUUUUCAGAUCUUUGCAGCGUUAUGCCCAGAAGGAGACGGAGAGCAUGCAAUCAAGUAAAUCCAACGUCACUGCGACUACUCUGGCCACGCGGCAGAAGAAGAUGGCUGAAAUAGGCAGCUUGAUCAAAUACUUCAUUAACGCAAACAAACGCGGGCCUCGUCUUAAGUGCAGUGAGAUGCUGAAACAUGUGAUGGACGUCCUGCAGAAUUCAUACAGCUGCUCAGCCUAUGGAGAGAAUUAUAGCAGCCUCUUAGUGAAGGACAUCCUCUCUGUCCGCAAGUACUGGUGUGACAUCCCUCCGGAGCAGUGGCACAAUCUUUUGAACUUGUACUGCGACUUCUUUAAUGCUUCGUCCAAGUCCAUCAACCGUGUGUUGGUGAGCAGAGUGAUCCACACGGUGGUGCAGGGCUGCUGCAUGCAGACCGACGGAUUCGACAAUGAUCUGUUUAGCUUCUUCUCCAAAGCACUGCUAAAUGCCAGACAGGAGAAGCACUUGACUGUUUUGGAACACCUCGUCUCAGCACUGAAUAUCUUCUUGAGAUCCGUGGCCAUGAACUGUCGCAUGAGGGUGUGUCACCUGGGAGAGGAGCUUCUGCCCUCUUUACUGUAUGUCUGGGCGGAGAUGAGGCCCAGUGUGGCUCUCAAAGAGGAGAUUGUGGAGUUCUUUAACCUGCAGAUUUGCGUCCACCACCCCAAAGGAGCCAAGACACAAGACACAGGUGCUCAUGCUGAGGACUGGACCAGGUGGCGCAGUCUGCUGUACAACCUGUAUGAAGCCUUAAUCGAAGAAAUUAGCAAUAUAGGCAGCAGAGGGAAGUACGUCACUGGGACACGACACAUCGCUGUCAAAGACAAUCUCACUGAGCUCACAGCUGACAUCUGUCAUCAGCUGUUCCCUGGUGACGAUGACACCCAUACCAUGGAGGUGACCCAGGCCUGCCUCAGAUCCACCCACAUGGGCAGUCCCACCAGCAAGCGACGGCGCAUUGAACUGGGCUGGGAUGUCCUCCGGGACCAUCUGCAGCCUCAGCAAAAUGACUUUGAUGUCAUACCAUGGCUGCAGAUCACUGCAGUGCUCACCUCUAAGUACCCGUCCAUGGUGCCCGGCCAGGAGCUGGUCCCGCUGCUGUCAGUGUUGUACCAGCUCCUAGCAGAGCAGCGGAGAGGAGAGCGGGGGCACGUACUGCGUUGUCUGAGGGAGGUGGCCCGGUGCCAGGCCUACUACCCGGAAAGGGCCCAACUCCACAGGACGGAGCUGUCUCGGCUGUGGGGUCGGGUGUGGGCCCUGUCAAUACGAGGGGCCAGCUCACCUCAGAUAGAGACCCUCAGCCUGGACCUGCUGAGCUCCAUUGUCCACGGCGGACUCAUCAAUAUGGACAGAGAAUUCUGGAAGCUCUUCUGUGGAUCAGCAUGUAAACCGUCUCAGGGAGCUGCUCUCUGCCUCGCCCAGGCCCUGCUGAGCUGGCCGACCCCUAAACGUAUCAUCUCAAGGGACUAUGUGGGGGUCACAGAGGGUUCUGCAACACCCAACCUGAAGGAGACCCUCAUAGCUUGGCUGCUGAUGACCGACCAGAGCGAGGAGAUGGAGAACAGCUCCAGACCACACCCCAUCAUCUGCAGAGACUUUCCUUACAACCUAAUAGCGAACAUCUUGGUCUCCCUGACCUUGAAAGACACGAGAACUGGCCUGAAGCGUCUGCUGGGUACCGAAGGAGUAGAAAGUGCUUUUUCUCAAGAACAAACAACAUCCAACGCCAAAGGCAACCUGGAAGAGAUCGAGAGGCUUUACCUGCAGUUCAGCUUCAACACGCUGCCCUCACCGAGGCGAGACACCGGCGAGUCCGCGGCCACGGCUUCGACUCACGGAAAAUUCGCUGCCGUCCUGUGCCUCAGAAACAAGUUGGAGCAAUCUCUGCUUUGUGUGGCUGACAACCUGCUCAACUGCUACUCUCCUGAUUCUCAGUCCACGCCUCCAGAGUGUCUUGUGCGCUGCUUCAGUCUGCUGACGGGAGUUCUAGCAGGUUACGUGUCCACUGGGUUUAUGACUCAGGAGGAGGCCUGCCGCUCACAACUCUACACGAAAGCCAAGGCCCUGGCCCAAGACUUCAGCGAGUUUGUUUCUAGUGUGAGAGUGAAGAUGACUGAGGAAGGAACCAUUAGCACUCUGAGAUCCGUCAUGAAGCUCUGCACAUGGUCGGCCAGCAGAACAAACAAGGAUAAUGUUUGUCCUACCUCCUCCAGUCUGUUCAUGAUGAUUCUGCCGACCGGUCUCCUCAGUGAACUGGCUGAGAUCUGCAAACUGUUGUUAAGCAGUGUUUCUAAGAGAGUCAAUGUUGUGGAUGAAGACCAUCAUAUGGAUGAUGACUUGGGCGUGACCAGAAACCAACGGGACAACAUUGACCUGUUUGAUGAGGGCAACGAGUCCCACAGCAGCACCAAUGGGACGCAGACAGAUGGGGACAACAGUGAGGCUUCCUGUGGGCCAGGUGCAAAAUGCCUGUUGGCAGAGGAUCAUCUGGCCCAACAGGACGUGGCCCUCCUCGCGGUCUUGGAGCUCCUGUGUGAGUGCGGCUCCAUGCAGCACGUCCACGGUCUGCUUUUCAAACCACAGGAGGUGCGGCGCAGACUGCUGCUGCUGGUGCAGCAGAUGGACUUCAGCAAAGCCCUGCACCUCAACCUGUAUCUUGUCCUGCUGAAGAAGCUUCCAGCUGAGGACUCGCUCUCUCCGCAGGAAUUCGAUAUUCUGCUCCGUCCUCUCGCGGACCUGUGUUCUCUGUACCGUCAGGACCAAGAGAUUUGUGCUGCUGUACUGCUGGGUUUGUUGCCCUCCAUCUCGUGCCUCAGGAAAACCCAGCACAUGCCGGAGGAGAUGAGACAUGUUCAGGGACUUCUGCUAAAAGUGUUGUCUGCAUUCUGUUACUUGAGCCAAACGGGAAAAUGCACGGCAGCUGUACGAGCUGCGUUAGUGAGAUGUCUGGUUGCCUUGCUGGAGGCUGACCCUUGUUGUGAUUGGGCGGUCUUAAGUAUCGGAGGGCCUGACAGUGACGAAGAUCGCCCAGUGUCUGUCAUCCUUCCUUCUCACCUCGCAGACACCCACCACCAAGUCCGCAUGCUGGUCGCCAUGUCAGUGGAGAGGUUGUUUCUGGAGACGAGACCAGAGCAUCCAGAUAACAGGAACAUGCUGCCGCUGAAACACCAGCAGGCGGCUUUUGAGAACCUUUACCUGAAGGCUCAGGAAGGAAUGAAGCCCCCGAGAAGCAGCUCUGCCGAAGAUCAGACGGACGAGUUGUUUAACCGCAAGGCCACCCUGCUGAAGACUUUGUCUGUCGUGCUCUGUUGUAGCCCCGUCUGUGAGAAACAGUCCCUGUUUGCCCUCUUCCAGUCCUACAAGGAGAAUAGUAUAGAGGAACAGCUCAUCAAAAAGAUGCUGUGCAGUGGAUCCCGAGCGCUGGGCUACAGUAGUGUGAAAACAUUUGUCAGUUCUCACCUGUACUACCUGGUAGCUGAGUGGCUGGCACAGAGACAGUCUGACGAUCGCUACACUCUUGGAUCCUUCCCCUACACCCUCCUUGACCACGACACAGUCAAAGAUUUCUAUAGCUCUUCCUACCAGGUGUUAAUCCCCCACCUGGUCUUCCUGGAUGACUUUGAGCAGGUGAAGUCUAUCGGCAGGUGUCUUGAGAAGGACUGGAAAGAGUUGUUGGCCGACUGUUUCCCCAAGAUCAUGGUCAACAUCCUGCCGUACUUUGCCUUGUCGGGCCAGGAUUCACAGGUCACACAGCAGAGGGAGAAGGCUCACAAAGUGUACGACCUGCUCAAAGACGCCAACUGUCUGGGCAAACAGCAAAUUGACAACCUGAUCCACAGUAACCUGGCGGACAUAGUGGUCGAACUGCUGAUGACUCUGUAUGAAGGAAGUGGAGCUGAAGGGGGCCAAGGAGACCUGAAACGCUUUAUAGGGGAACUGGACCCGGUACCAAACCCGCCAUACUUCAGCUCUUAUGUCAUUAAAACUACACUGGACUACCUCAGCAAGUGCCACAGUGCAAACCACAAGACUGUGGUGGCCAUUCUUUCAAAAACUCCAAUUUCUAUCCAUAGGAUUCUACUGGCAGUUUGUGAAAGAGCGGCAGAGACGACCAACAGCUAUGAGCGCCAUCGCAUCCUCCUCAUGUAUCACCUGUUUGUCAACCUGCUGCUCGGGGAGGUGAAGGACGGCCUCGGAGGAGCCUGGGCCUUUGUUCUCAGGGACGUCAUCUACACACUCAUUCACCAUCUCAACAGCAGACCAGUUAAAUGUGAUGAGGUUUCGAACCGGAGCCUCUCUCUGUGCUGCGACCUGUUGACCUCUGUGUGUCGGGCAGCUCUGGAGUUCUGUGAUGAUGCUCUGGACUGCCACCUACAGGUCAUUGUUGGGACUCUCACAGCUCAGGUGAAAAGCCGGCCCGCCAUCUCACAGCAGGUGAACAGUCUGCUGCAGUUUCUCGUGAUAGAAAAUCAGCAGAAGUUAAAAGGGGCCAUCAGCAGGUUGGAGCCUUUUCCUGACCUCCCUGAAUUCCGAGAGCUGCGCUCUGUACAGCAUAAGCUCAAAUACAACACUGGGAGCUUCACACUGAGACAGGAGAUAGUCCACUUUCUCUCAGUGACGUCCUGUGACUCCUUACCUCUGACCAGACUGGAGGGGCUGAAGGAGCUGACCAGACAGCUGCAUGACAACAAGGAGCAGAUCAGAGAGCUGCUCAAAGAGUGCCGCGCUGAACCCACUGACAGUGUGCUGGUGAAGCUGGUUCUCAGUCUACUGCAGCUCUGUAAGCUAGCAGCCAACCACCGAGGAGCCGACAUUCUCGAGGCAGCAGGCAGCUGUCUGGGAGAAAUGGGUCCUGUGGAUUUCUCCACCAUCGCCCUGCUUCAUGGCAGAGACCCCCUGUAUGAAAAGGCCGUGUCUCUCUUCACUUCCACCGAGUCACAGUGUCUUUACAUCGUCCUCAACUGCAUGAACGACGCACUCACUCAACAGCGUAUCGAGGUGAGGCAGGCCGCCGCUCAGUGUGUGAAGAGCAUCCUCGCCACUCAGUCUGGAGUCGAUUUCUGGGAGCAGCACAAAGACAACAGAGACCCCAUGCUGACCUACCUCAACCCCUUUAGAAAGGCCAAAGAGAAGGUGGAAGUUGUGAGUGAUGAGGUGAGUUUGGAGGCCAGGAAGAAGCUGGUGAGUGAGGAGUUCUGGAUUCCCCGGGCGGGCGGCCACAAGGCCUGGCUGAAUGCUCUGUGCACCUCCCUGCUCGACAGUGGAGGAGUCAGGAGAGAAGCUCUGCUGAUGUCACGGCCGCUGUGUCUGGUGAGGGUGGACUGCUGUCAGAGGCUGCUGCCGCUCAUCAUUCACUCCAUCCUUCUGGAAGACACUAAUGGUUUGUGGAGGGAGUUGCUCUCCUCCCACAUUCGGGACUUCUUCAGCUUUUGUUCCAGAAGCGCUCAGGCUGCCAGUCGCUCUGCCACGCCUCUCAACUCUGACUGUGAGUCAGAUGCUGCCAGUCAGGGCUUGUACGACAAGACCUCUCUGCGUACAAUGCUUGCCGUUGUUGACUAUCUGCGACACCAACAGAGGCCACUGGAAGCUGAUAGCAGCUCCUGUGGCACGGUGUGUGACUCAAACUCCUGGCUGGAGCUGAACUACCUGGAGGUGGCCAAAGCCGCUCAGUCCUGCUCGGCUCAUUUCACGGCUCUGCUGUACACUGAGCUCUAUGUGGAUAAGAUCAAAGCUAACAUGGAGGAAAGUCGACGAACCAACUCCAGAGCAACACGUAUGCUCAAUUUUGAAGAGAACAGCCAGAACCUCACCGUCUCCAGCCUCACUAAGAAGAGUAUGGAGGACACCAAUAUCAGCCUGCAGGAGCUGCUGAUUGAGGUGUAUCGCAGCAUCGGAGAGCCUGAUAGUCUGUAUGGCUGCGGCGGGGAGACGAUGACCAGUCCACUGAUAAGGAUUCGAACCUAUGAGCAUGAGGCUAUGUGGGGCAAGGCCCUGACUUCGUAUGACCUUCACACUCCUCUGCCUGAGGUCACUCGUCAAGUGGGAAUCGUGGAGGGCCUGCAGAACUUUGGUCUGAGCAGCAUCCUUGCCACCUACAUGAGGGGUCUGGAGAGUGAAGGGGUGGAGUGGGGAGCGGAGCUGAGAGAGCUCCGCUUCCAGGCCGCCUGGAGGAACACACAGUGGGACUGUGAGCUGUCGGAGAGGAGUGAAAAUUCCAAACCCAGCUUCCACGAAUCACUGUUUUGUUCCCUGCAAGCGCUAAGGGAUGAAGAAUUCUCCAUAUUUGAUGAAACAAUGAAACAGGCCAGGGGUGCAGAUGUGGAGGAGCUGUGCAGAGGCAGUCUGGAGGCUGUGUCUUCUCUGUACCCGUCUCUCAGGAACCUGCAGAUCAUCAGGGAGCUGGAGAGUGUGAAGCGGCUUUUUUCGAGGCCCUUCUCGGAUGUGACUCUGAUGGAGGUUUGCAGCGAGUGGCGACAGCACUCCCAGCUGCUCGCUGACAGUGACUUUUCUUUGGUGGAGCCCAUACUGGCCGUCCGCACUGUGGCCCACCACACCCUGAUAUCCAGGGUGAGGGACCCCGACAGCACCCACUACCUCAGGUCUGUGCUCUCUGACCACCUCAUGGAGCUCUGUCGGCUGGCUCGAAAGGCUGGGAAUACGCAGCUCGCAGAGCGGGCAGUCUUCCAGAUGAAGCAGCAUGGCGGUGAAGGCUCCUUGGAUUUACCCUCUGUGUUGUCAUGGCAACUGGAAGAGGCCCAGGUGUUCUGGGCAAAAGGGGAGCAGGGACUUGCCCUGGGCCUGUUGAGACAGAUGAUACACAACCAUGAGGACAAGGUUGGCCAGGUGGACUUGAAUCCUGCUCGGGUCCCGGUCUACACUGAGUGCCUCAGGCUGUGUGGUAAUUGGCUGUCUGAGACUUGCCUGGAAAGCCCCGGAGUAAUACUGGAGAAAUACAUGCAGCGGGCGGUGGAGGUGAUCGAGGAGGAAUCCGGAGUGCAGGACUCCAGGCUGCAGAGUCAGCGCACUGAGGCCUUCCUGUCUCUGGCCCGCUUCUCUGACGCUCAGUACCAGAGCAUCGACAAGUACAUGAACUCCUCUGAGUUUGAGAACAAGCAGGCGCUGCUGGAGAAGGCCAAAGAAGAAGUGGACUUGAUAAAGGAGCGCAAAUUGACUUCCAACAGGUACACAGUGAAGGUGGAGAAAGAGCUGGAGCUGGAUGAGAAGGCCCUGUCCAACCCGGGCCGACAGCGUUUCCUGUGUAAAGCUGUGGAGAAUUACAUCCAGUGUCUGGAGGAAGGGGAGGAGCAUGACACCUGGGUGUUUCGCCUGGCUUCGCUGUGGCUGCAGAAUGCCGGCGAUAAGGCCGUAAACGACAUCAUGAAUAAAAAGGGGAAGCGGAUCCCUUCCUACAAGUUUCUGCCUCUCAUGUAUCAGCUGGCUGCUCGCAUGGGAACCAAGAUGGCUACUGGUAUUAGCGAGGAUCCAGGUUUCCAUGAUGUCCUCAGCGACCUGAUCUGCCGGGCAUCUCUGGAGCACCCUCAUCACACACUCUUCAUCAUCCUCGCCCUGGUGAACGCCAACAAAGAUGAGACCUUUUGCAUGCCUCGACUCUCUAAGAGCGCUCCCCAGCAGCCAUCACCGUUCGACCUGGAGCGGUCUGCCGUGGCCCAGAAGAUCAUCAGUGUGAUCAGGAAACAGAGAGGCAAGAUGAUACGAGGGCUCGAGCGCCUGUGUGACGCCUACAUCAUUCUGGCUUAUAUGGACGCCAGCAAGCACAAGAAGGAGAAGAAAGCUAUUCCCAUCCCUGCUGAUCAGCCCAUCCUGCAAAUAAAAAACCUGGAUGAGGUUGCCAUCCCCACAAUGGAGAUCAAGGUGGAUCCAUCUGGUUGCUAUGACAACCUGGUGACUGUCAGAUCCUUCAUGCCCCAGUAUCACCUGGCCGGAGGAAACAACCUGCCCAAGAUCAUCGACUGUGUCGGCUCCGACGGCAAGAGCAGGAAACAACUGGUCAAGGGUCGAGACGACCUGCGGCAGGACGCGGUGAUGCAGCAGGUGUUCAGCAUGUGCUCCAUGCUGCUGCAGCGCAACACGGACACCCGCAAGAGGAAGCUCAACAUCAGACGAUACAAGGUGGUGCCGUUCACACAGCGUAGCGGCGUGUUGGAGUGGUGUUCGGGCACUGUGCCGAUCGGGGAUUUUCUGCUGGAUCCCAUUAAAGGAGCCCACAAACGCUUCCGACCUCGGGACCUGACCAACAUGGCCUGCCGCAAGAAGAUGAUGGAGGCUCAGAAGCUGGCGUUCGAUGGGAAGCUCCAGGCCUACAGCGAGGUGUGCAAGAACUUCCGUCCGGUCUUCAGGUAUUUCUGCAUGGAGCGAUUCCUGGACCCCGCCGUGUGGAUGGAGAAACGGCUGGCUUACACUCGCAGUGUGGCCACUUCUUCUAUAGUUGGCUACAUCGUGGGCCUGGGUGACAGACACAACCAGAAUAUUCUGGUUGACGAGCAGACUGCCGAACUGGUGCACAUCGAUCUGGGUGUGGCCUUUGAGCAGGGGAAGAUCCUCCCCACCCCCGAGACUGUCCCCUUCAGGCUGUCCAGAGACAUCGUGGAUGGGAUGGGCAUCACUGGAGUGGAGGGGGUUUUCAGGAGAUGUUGUGAGAAAACGAUGGAGGUGAUGAGGAGCUCCCAAGAAGCUCUGCUGACUAUUGUCGAGGUGCUGCUGUAUGACCCUUUGUUUGACUGGACCAUGAACCCGCUGAAGGCCUUCUACCUGCAGCUCGACGAGCAGCAGGAGCUCAACGCAACGCUGGCCUCCACCAUGGGGGGGGAUGACGUAGACAACCACCGUAAAUCCAGCGACAGUCAAAACUUCAACAAAGUGGCGAAGCGGGUGCUGCUGAGGCUGCAGGAUAAGCUGAAGGGGGUGGAGGAGGGCACGGUGCUCAGCGUGGGGGGGCAGGUGAACCUGCUCAUCCAACAAGCCAUGGACCCCAAAAACCUCAGCAGACUCUUCCCCGGCUGGCAGGCCUGGGUGUAGGCUCUUAUAUAUUCCUCUCAGCUGCACUCACGCUGGUUACAUUUUUUGUGAAGACAUUUUCUUCGUCUCCUCUGCGCAAUCGGUACAGGCGUCUUGCGCUUCGCUUGAGCCAGGAAUAAUGUCCCUACAAAGUUUAAUAAAAGCAAUGGAUACUAUGCAAAUGAGCUACAGAAUAUAACGCGGUGGAACAAGUUCCUUGGUUACUUAUAUAUUCCUCUUUGGGCCAUCUGCAAUUGAAAGGCUGUUAAUUUUCAGACUAAACACAAAGAGAUUAACAUUUUUGUCUUUUUAAUUAUUCAUUUCUGCUGCCAUUUGCACUUUGAUAGAGCAUCAAUUCAAUUUGGCAGAUUGCAUGCACCGAUUCUUGGGAAACUUUUUUUUUUGUUACUGAAAAUGGAAUUUAAAAAGACCAAUGAACUGUGGUGCUGAGAUGAGUCCGACAUGUAUAUGUAAUGUGAGCUUUUUUUUCCUGUAUUUUAGCCCAUGGGAUGUGAAUGCUUUACUACCUUUUUUUGUCAUAUGAAGUUAUUAAGUUUUGCCAAUGACUUCACCAUGAACGCACGCCUUAUGAAUGUGUGGUGAGCCUUAUCCGGAGGAAAGUUAGUUUCAGUUUCACUACUGUUACUAUUAAAAAAGUGAAUAUGAUGUGCUCUGAAGUUUAUAAAAUGUACUUAAUGCAUUAAAAAAUGUAAGUUAUGUGCAAAAUUAUACUGUGCAGUGUUUCCCCUAGGUUUACAGCUUCGGGGGGGGCGACCGACCGACACAAACACUUGAAACAUGUUGGUGUUCAUUUAUUUUCAUGACCACCACAAAGGGUGCACGUUUUGUCACUGCAGUGGAUUUUUCGGUGCUUUUCAAAGAAGAGUUCCAGAGCCUCUUGAAAAGGAAAGUCAGAAACAUCUGGCCCAUUAAUUGAAAUCCGCAGGCAGGCAGCAAGAUGGUCUCCUUGCAGCCUGUUGCGGAUGUUUGUCUUGACCUGCAAAUACAAAGACUGUUAGGCUUUGAAAGUGAAAGCUGAUAUCUUAGAAUAGUGAUAGCUUACACAGCAAUUCCCAUUGUGAAAAGUCUAUAUUACUCUGUUCAUGGAGAAGUCCCUCUCACAGUUUACACGGCAUCGGAGCUCUGCGGCGCGCGAGACGGAGAGCCGAGAAGUGUUAACGCGACACGUAGAGACAGAAAUGACAUGAUGCUGUGUGGAGACGAUCAAUAACAGACGGCUGUUUAGUUUGUUUAAUAACAGAACAAAGACGUGCUCUUUAAGAAAAGGGACCUUAAAUUACUUCUGCUGUAAUCUGGCGCGAUAGAGAAAAUUACAGGAUGGCGGGCGGAGAUUUCGGGGGAGCGGGCCGCCACCCUGAUGGAAUGGUGGGGGAAACACUGCACUUGUGUCGAGAUCCCACACGGGAAAAUAAAACUGCAUAACUUUUACUUUAGUUUUGACACAUCACAGACGAGUCUGAGGAAGUCCUUGUAGACUUGGUGAUGUGUCUGGGUACGCUGUCAUUUUAUAGCUCCAACCUAACACAAGUACUUUUGCUUUGUUUGAAUUUUGUUGUGAUUUUAAGCCAAACUAUGAUGUUUUAUGUAUUUAACAUACUAACCAAGUAGUGGUGUUGCCUCUGGCACUCACAGCUUCCUCUCAGUCAUUGGUUCAGACGUGUCUGUCUGCCUGUGCGUGUAAUCAUCUGUUUUUGCAAGAAUCUUGGGUUGAAUGGCCAAUUUGUGCAAUUAACAGCAAAUUUAAUUUCUUCAAUCAAAUUCAUGCAGAGCAGUGUCAAUCUUCAACUGUGGGAAAACUAUGAAUAUUCAUAUAUUUAUAUAUGGGCAGAUGCCCAAUCCCAUUGUCACAGAAGUAAUACCUUAGUGUUUCCUAAAAACAGUCAUACAAAUGUAAUUGUAUUAAAAUUAUUACUUUAUUAAGUAAUUACUAAAUUAAUUGAAAUUUUAAAAAACAUUCAUAUGUGCAAACUGCAACAAUUUCAUUUCCUUCCAUAAACCAAGGUUUGUGUUCAUUGUGUAGACCAGUGUUCCCCAAACUAAGGCCCGCGGGCCGGAUACGACCCGCCUGCACAUUUGGCCCGGCCCCCUGAACAAUACCAGAGACGCAUUAUUAUUAUUUUUCAGUCUGGCCACGCAAAUCCUAGACUAGCCGCUGUCAAAUAGAACGUGUGAAGAUCCCGGAAAGGGUUAUUAAUAUUUGGUUAUGUGUGGCUUUCUGGAAAACAAUAAAUGUUUACAUUUAGGCACCCCUGCGAUCGUCACACUUUAUCUGUUACAAACUGACCCCGGCCCCAAUCCGAGAAGGGAAAAGUUAUGUGGCCCUCACAGGAAAAAGUUUGGGGACCCCUGGUGUAGACGGUUGCAGGUGCACGACGACUGAAGAGGCUUCAGCUUUUUCGCAAAAGAAAAGGGGGAAUACAGAAAUAGAGGCGCCGCCUCCUCUUCUAGUGGGUCACAGGUUCUCAAUCUUUACAUUGGUUUUAAGGAUAUUGUUGUGUAUUAUACAUGUAACUCUCUGUUGUGUCGCUUGUUAAUAAAGGGGGUGUUAUUCUCCCUCUUCCUCUUCUCUA